AUGAACGAUGAUGAAAACAGUAAAUCUUCUAAUGCGUUUGAAGCAAUAAUGAACACUAAUUAGAAGAAGAUUAUAAAAGAAAAAAAAACUAUUUUAAAACCCAAAGAUAAGAAAAAAACUAAGCAAAUUCAAAUGAAUGAUUUUAUAAAAGCCAAUAAAUUUUAUUCUGAGGAGUUCUCUAACAUGUCUCUUCCCUCUUAAUGUGAUAAAGUUGGUAAUUAAGACAGUAACAGGUUUAGUAUAAUGGAUGAAGAAGAGGAGGAGGCUAAAUAAGAGAGCAAUAUUGAUGUUAUUGAUUUCUAAGGCUAUUCAAAUACAAAAUUAAAUCCUUCUCCUAAUUCAGGCCUUGAACCAAAUCUUGAAGUCAAUCAAAAUACUAUUCAAUAUUGGUAUUAUACACUGGGUAAAAGCUUUCGUGAGUACUAAUAUAGUAUUGUUAAGACAUGCUUGAGCAAUAAUACCCUUGUAGCUUUACCAACAGGUUUGGGAAAAACAUUUAUUGCUGCAACUGUUAUUUUAAAUUAUUAUCUUUGGUUUCCAAAAGGGAAGAUUUUUUUUCUUGCUCCUACCAGACCACUUGUAAAUUAAUAAAUGGAAUGCCUCAGCCAAUUUGAAUUGAUCAAUAAAAAUGAUAUUUUUGAAAUGACAGGAAAUUACCCAAUACCUAAAAGAAGAGAUGUAUAUUUAAGAAAAAGAAUUUUCUUUUGCACUCCAUAAACCUUAGAAAAUGAUUUAAUUGAAUAAAGAUAUGAUGGAUAUAAUUUAAGUCUAGUUAUAUUUGAUGAAGCCCAUAGAGGAACGGGAAAGUAUGCAUAUGUCAAUAUCGUUACACACUUCGAAUCAUUAGGCUACGGGUAUAGAAUUUUAGCAUUGAGCGCCACUCCAGGAAAUGAAUUUGAAUAAAUAUAAGAUGUUUUAAAAAACUUACGUAUUUCUAAGCUAGAAAUUAAAGAUGAAGAAGAUCCUGAUAUUAAGUAGUAUAUCCAUUCAAAAUAAAUUAUACCAGUAAAAAUCUAGGGUAAUGACUUAAUGACCAAAAUUAUGAGUUACCUUGAUAAUCUGCUGUAUUCCAGAUUCAAUUACUUCAAAAAUCUUUAGAUGGUACCCAUAUAGCUUUACAAAAUAGUUAAAAAACCCUCUGAUAUACAGCGUGGUACUUCUUUCCAUAUUAUGGAGUUUAUUAAAUAAAAUUAGAAUGAUAUAAUUGAAAAACAUCAUUAAGUAGGAUUGAAUGAUGCUUACGACUAAUUACAGUCUUUCUCACAAUUAAUUCAUGGAAAAAAGCUUAUUUAAGAAUAAGGAAUAAACUGCUUUAAGGAUUGGUUAUACUAAUUUGAAAAAGAUGUAAAUAAUAAGAAAGGGAAACCUUUGAGAAGCAAGCUUUAAAUAUUUAAAUUGUAGGACUUCAUUGAUUUAAAAAAAGUAAUGAAAAUGGAUUAAUAUGUUCCAAAAUAAAAAAAACCAAAGAAAAAUAAAUCUGCAACUAAUUCAAAAUAAUUAAAUUACUAAGAUGAUGAUGAUGGUUAUGAAGAUGAAAAUGCUCCAUUAAAACAAAACAAUAAAAGUUCAAAAGGCUCUGAAGAAAAUUUUGAUGAAGUCGAACUCAGUGAAGAUUUAGAAUCACAUCCUAAGAGUGAAAAGCUUGUGGAACUCUUAACAAACUACUUCUUAGAAGAGGAGUCAAUAGUAAAUAGAUCUAAAACAAUUAUUUUUACUUAAAGUAGAAACUCAGCAUCUGAAUUAAAAAAACUAUUAAACAAUAUUGAUGUUGUUAAUCCUGCUGGAGAUAAGCUUAUAAGAAGUGAAAUAUUUAUUGGAUAAGCAAAUUUAGACGGACAAGGAAUGAAUCAAAAAGCUUAGAUAGAAACUAUAAAAUUAUUUAAAUAAAAUGUUUACAAUACUCUGAUUGCUACUUGCAUAGGUGAAGAAGGUCUUGAUAUUGGUGAAGUAGAUCUAAUUGUCUGCUAUGAUUCAGGAUUUUCUCCUAUAAGAAUGAUAUAGAGAAUGGGUAGAACAGGCAGAAAAAGAGCUGGAAAAGUCUAUGUCCUGUUAAUGGAAGGAAGGGAGUACGCAAACUACAACUAAAGCUAAAAAAAACACAAAGAACUUAUGAUGCUAUUAAAAAAUAAUAGCUGCAGCUAAAGUGUUACUGAUUUUCAAUAAAAGGGUCGGACUGGUAGAUAGCCAAAAGCGACAAAAAGAACUUUUGAAUUUUAUGGAUUCAACCCAAGGAUGAUACCAUAAGACGUAAAUCCUAUUUGCAGAAUAAUAAAAGGUUAGAAUAAUGACUUUACUCCUGCUAUUAGCUCUUAAUCAGAAAGUGAAUAAGAGGAUUUUUUUGAGUUUUAGGGAAGUAAACAAAAUAAAGAAAAAUAAUCAAAUUAAAUUUAAAAGAAAAAAUCAAUUAUUUAAUUGGAAGUAGAAGAGGAGGAGGAAGAGGAAUAAUUAUUUAAAGUUGAAAUAAAAAAAGAUUUAGAAGAUUAAUAUUGCUACGAAAUAGACGAAGAAGAUUUUGAGCCGCCAUAAUAUCUAAUGAAACCUUCAUUUGAAAAGCCUAAACAAAGUUUAGAAAAAACUUAAAAAUAAUAGGAAAUUUAGGAUAGAUUAUUGCAAUUAGCUAAUAAUAUAAAUGGGAAAAGAUAAUAACCUCCUCCAAUAAAAUAACCUUAGAUACCUUAAUAAAAGAUCAUGAGCACUCCUGAAACUAUGACUCCAUUCAGCAAUUUCAGUAGCAACGAAAAGUUUAUGAGAAACAGCUCAAAUGGAAAUAAAAAAUAAACUUCUGUAUUUGAUACAAAUAUUAAAAGAUCUUCUACUACAAAUUAGUUACGAAAAUCUGAUCCUAAAUAAAUUACUAAAAUACCUUUAAAGAGUAAUUCUAAAAAAAAUAGAUUAAUUAUAAGUGAUUCUGAAAACAUGGAAAACGAUGAAUUAAAUAGUGAUUUGUGUUCGAACUUUAAAUAAUAAUGCUCACGUCAGCUAGAUUUUAACUCAAACAAUCCAAUUUCUAACUUAGAAAGAAUUAAUUUACAUAAUUCUUAUGAUAAAUAGAAUGAUGAUGAAAUAGUCUUUGUUAAAAAGUUGAAUCCUCUUCAUGUAUUUGGAAAUAUAGAAUAAGAAAAAAAGAGUGUGAUGAAAAAAAGAUCAAAUUCAAAAAGUUCUUCAGAUUUUAAUUUAAAUGAUUAUUCUCUACUCUACUAAAAUGAAGAAUAAAGCAACUAAUCUGAGUUAGACAGCUUACUAAAGCAAAUAGAAUAAAACUCUCCAUAAAAAACUUAAAAUCACAAUUAAAAUCAAAUAUAGAAAUUUAACUUCAAUUAGUUUGAAUAAGAUGAUGAUGACGACGACGAUGAUGAUGAUGAUGAUGAUGAUGAAGAUGAUAAGCAAAUCUUAGAAUUUCUUAAAAAUUCAAAGAGCUAGGCUUCAAAUGUAAAUAACCAAAUUUAAGAUCAAAGACAAGAAAAAAAUUUAAUAUAAAAUAUGCCAUAAAAAUCAUUUGCUGAAGAUAAAUUAUUUCCCUCUAAUAUAAAAUAAUAAUAAAAUAAAUUUGAAUAAAAAUAAUAGGAAUAAGUUUAAAAAUAGCAAAUUUACAAUUAAACAUAUAAUAUAUAAUUAAAUUAAUAACAAAAUAACCUUAAUAUCAACAACAAAAAUAGUAAUAAUAUCAAUUAUAGCAACAGUAUAAUAAACUAAUAAAAAGAAAAUAUUUCUCAAUAAAUUCCACUAAAUACUUGCAAAGAAAGUUAAUAAUAGUUCCUUAAUGUUAACAAUGUCUUUUAACAAAAAGGAUUAACUUUACAAAAUCAAUAGAAAGUUGCUGAAAGUUAAAAAAAAAAUUUUUUAAAUAAUGAUUUAUCAAAUGCUGUAAAUUUUUCAAAAAUGAUAGAUGAAAAUGAUAGUGAUGAUGAUGACGAUGAUGAUGAAGAUAUUGAUUUCUUAAAAAAAAUAGCUAGCACUAAAAGCAGUGUAUAAUAAUCUGUUUAGAAUAAUUAGUUUACGAAUCCAUCGAAUUCAAAUAAGAGUAUUGAAAAAAUGGAAAUAGAAUAAAUCUAAAACUCGAAGCCUGUCUCUUUAUAAACAAAUAAAGCUGAAUAGAAAAAUGAAUUAUAAAAUAAUUAAAUAUUAAAUUCAAAAUAAUCUUAGAUUAGCAAUAUUUUAACAAAUGUUUAUGAUCAUGAUAGUGAUAGUGAUAGCGAUAGUGAUGAAGAUAAUGUUGAAGACUUAAAAAUAAUCAGCCUAAACAUUUUUAACAAAAACAGUUCUAAUUUAAAUAUUCAAACAAAUAAUAAUUAAAUAUCAAAGAAAGUUGAGUUAGAUUCCAUUUCGUAUAGUUCACUAAACUUACUGAAUACAUAAAAUAACUCAAAAGCUCCAAAUAACUAGGCAACUCUAAAUAAUUGUUAAGUCUAAAAUAGCUUAAUCGAAAAAAUACCAGAAGCAAAUAAUUUUAAGAAUAACUUCUUUAACAACUAAAAAGAUAUUAAUGUAAAUAAUAAUUAAAUUAAAUUAAAUAAUGACUAAAAUAAUUAAAAAUAAAUCUAACUUGCUUAAAUUAAUGCAAAUAGACUAUAAAAUGCUGCAGCAUCUACCAGCAAUAAUGAGAAAUUCAUUCAACCUUAAAUUAACAACAAUCCUUAAAUGAAUUAAAUAAACAAACAAAAUAAUAUAAAUGCUAAUAACUUAGAAUAAAAUAAGAAUACUACGAGCAAUAUAAAUAACAACUAAGUCAAUAUUUUAAAAAAUUUUAGUGGUAUUAAAAAUGUAAUACAAGACAAGACUAAAUAAGUUAUAUAAAUCAAUAAUUAAAAUAUUAUUAUUUCUAAUGUUUAGAAUUAAAAUAAGUAAAACAAUAAUAUUAGUUAAGUACAAAGCAACUUGAACUAACAAAGCAAGAAUUAAUUUAAUAACAUUCCAUUUAAUCAAAAAAAUUAAUAGGAGCAGUUAUAAAAUAAAUAAUAAAUAUUUGGAAACUAAAAUUAAAUUAAUAAUGUCACAAAAAAUGAAUUAAAAAGAAGUGAUAGUGAUUCAUAGAUAAAAUAAUUGCAAGAAAACUAAAAAGAGUUGCAAUCCUAAAGAAAAACAGCUUGUGAUUUACAUCUAGAAUAGAUUAAGAAGAAAAUGCAAGAAGAUUUUGACAUUGAAGAGUACAAUUAAAGAAAUAAAAAUAAAGUUGCUGAAUAACUUAAACCUAAACUUGAUCCAAAAAAAGCUAGAAAAGCUAAAAAAGAAAAUCAAAAUAAGUAAGAUUCAAAUAUAAAUUUAAAUGUGGAAUAAAAAAGCUAAGAUUUUAAAUCAGUUUAGUAAAUAGCUGAAGAGAUGAGAUAAAAAAAUAUUUAAGAAUAAAAUAGCUAAAUAAGUAAACUUAAUGAUGAGAAUAAGAAUGGUAUCUAAAUAAUAAAUUCUUAAAGUGUUGUUAAUCCUAUAAAUAAAAAAUAAAAUGAAAAUAUUUAACCAAUUCAAGAUAAUCUAAAAUAAGAUCAUUUAAUGCCAUUCAAAGAUUUAUUAUCUUGCAUCUAUGAUAGUGAUGAAGAUGACAAUGAUGCAGCAAAAUAAGAUGAUAAAAUGUAAGAUUUAUAAACUGAAUAACAUAAUUCAGAUUAAUAAAAGAAAAAAAGAGAAAAUCCUUUCCUAGAUAAUCCUAACUCUACAUAUAACUCGGUUAAAGUAGAGAAAAAAUAAUUCCCAAAAUAGUGA